UUUCUGAGAAAAUAAUUAAGACAGUAAUGGAGAUAUUUUCGGAUGAAAUAAUUUUUAGUGAAAUAUUUUAGGUAUAAAUUGCAAAAUGCAUUGAAAUUUAGUAAAAAAAAAAAAAAAAAAUGUUCGAGCGAGGAAAUUAACAAUUCUUUAAAAAUCGUAUCACUUUUUUUUUUAUAAGGAAGGUGUAAGUGUACCGGUGUAGGCAUUUGAGGGAAAGAAUGAAUUAUCACGUCACACGUGGGAGGGAAAAUGCGCUUGCUAAAUUGGUUGAGUGGAACUAUGGCGAAUUUUAUGGGUUGGAGAAAAAUUUCGAAGGGGUGUGAUCCCUUUUUUCGAGCAGGCAUUUACGUAAGAAGCGUUACAGUAGGCGCCAGUGUCGUAAUCCAGAAUGAAGCAGGUAAGUUAAUAUUUUUCACGAUAGGCGAAGCUCCGCCUUAAUUUUAUCUGCGUGAGGCAGGGAUGUACGAAGAGGAGGCGCGCAUAAAACUGACCGGCGCUAUGCCAGGUGCCACCAGUCUCGGUUCCAACGCGGGACAAACCUGUUACGCGUUUCCUUCCAAGUGGGAUCAUGUUCUGAAACAACUCAAACGACCAUUUUCAAAUUCCUUCUCCAAGAGAAACGUAUUCGAACGUUCGAGUGUUAUAUCUUCAAAGUGGAUCGGAUUUUCUAUCCGCUAAUCGAAAAGAAAAAGUGAGUGAAAAAACGCUUCGAUAUUUCGAAAAAUCGAAAUCGUAGAGUAGUUUGAGAAAUAGGGCGCAACGAACUCUUUUGGAAUCUUUCGGAAAAGGAAAAGUAAAAGCAACAAAGAGAAGUACCGUAAAGAAAAGAUAACACGUAAAGAAGAUAUUUCAUCCCAGGUAUUUCUUUGCUCGCGAAUGACGUUUAAUUCGUCUGUAGUCCCGAUAAAUGGCGGUGAAAAAUGUCACGAUCACGUACACACGAUUUAGCCGAGAACGUGCUUAAUCAAACAUGAGUUUCAUUGGCACGCACUAGCCCGUCUCUCCUUCGAAUUACAUUCCAGCCGGCAAUUAUCAUGAACAUCGAUGAGUUUCAAGUACGUGGCAAGGAGAUGAUCGAGUAUAUUUGCGAGUAUCUCCGCACCUUGGAGGGAAAGAGGGUGACGGCGAACGUGGAUCCAGGGUAUCUAAGGCCCCUACUUCCCAAAGAAGCUCCAGCAAAAGGGGAAUCAUGGGAUGCCAUAAUGAGGGACGUCGACAGCAAAAUAAUGCCCGGGAUCACACACUGGCAGCAUCCACGUUUUCACGCGUACUUUCCAGCGGGUAACUCGUUCCCUUCGAUCCUCGGGGACAUGCUGUCGGACGCAAUCGGGUGCAUAGGUUUCUCUUGGGCGGCGAGUCCUGCCUGCACGGAACUGGAAACGAUCGUACUCGACUGGUACGCAAAAGCGAUAGACCUACCACCGGAGUUCCUAGCUGAACACAAAAGCUCGAAAGGUGGUGGAGUGAUACAAGGGUCAGCCUCCGAGUGUAUUCUGGUCACCAUGCUAGCGGCACGUACCCAAGCGAUUCGAACCUUGAAGGAGCAAGACCCGAACACCGAGGACUCGGCCUUUCUGCCACGGUUGGUCGCCUAUUGUUCCACAGAAGCUCAUUCCUGCGUCGAAAAGGCAGCGAUGAUCAGUUUGGUGAAGCUUCGAGUUCUAGAACCAGAUGAAAAAGGUUCCUUGCGAGGUAAGCGACUGGAAUCUGCGAUCCGCGAAGACGUGGCAAACGGUUUGGUUCCGUUUUAUGUCUCCACCACUCUUGGCACUACCGGAUCCUGUGCGUUCGAUAAUUUAGUCGAAAUCGGACCAGUGUGCAAACUGCAUCCUAACAUGUGGCUCCACGUGGACGGUGCUUACGCUGGGAACGCGUUCAUUUGCCCGGAAAUGAGGCCGUUGAUGACGGGUAUCGAGCACGCAGACUCGUUCAACACGAAUCCCAACAAGUGGUUGCUCGUUAAUUUCGACUGUUCCUGCCUUUGGGUACGGGAUCGAGUGAAACUCACGUCGGCGCUCGUCGUCGAUCCAUUGUACCUUCAGCACGCUAGAUCCGGAGAAUCUAUCGAUUAUCGCCACUGGGGAAUUCCUUUGAGCAGACGAUUCAGAGCGUUGAAAUUGUGGUUCGUGAUGAGAUCGUAUGGAAUUACAGGAUUGCAGAAGUACAUAAGGAACCAUAUCAGGCUGGCGAGACGGUUCGAGACUCUGAUGAGAAGGGACAAGAGAUUCGAGAUCACUAACGAUGUGAGAGUUGGUCUGGUCUGCUUCAGACUGAAGGAGAGCGAUGAGAUCAAUCAGGAAUUGUUGGCGAAUAUUAACGCAUCCGGCAGACUUCAUAUGAUCCCAGCCAGAGUCAUGGGAAAGUAUAUCUUGAGAUUCUGCGUGAUCAAGGAAAAUGCUACUGACGAUGAUAUCGAUUAUGCCGUGGACGUGAUCGAAGAACACGCGACGGAGGUGAUGCUCGCCCAUUACGAAGGAACAGAAGACGAAUUUAGGGCGAAGGGACCAAAGAGUCCCGCUGCAUUGGACAAAAAGCUGGUACGAAAGUUCAGCUUCACCAGGAGCGUGACGAGGGACGUUUACAAAAGAUCCAUUUCGAAAUCGAGUCUCCACGACGGUGCUACACCCAUCAUGGUCGUCGAUGAUAACUCGCAGGUCGAUACCAUUGAGGAAGACGUGUUCUGCAACAGCAGGUCGUGACGAUCCCGAUGAUGAUAUCCAGAUGAUUCGUGAAUUAUGUGAUAGGAAUGCCUCUCGAAACCGGCCGGUCUUGUUUGGAAUAUCGCAACUCCGUUCAUCAUAUUGUUGUUUUUUAGGGAACGAGCAAAUCUUUGCGACCGAGAUAAGUUUCCUUCGAAUUACGAUAAACUGGAAAUUUCGUCCGAUAGAAAUGAUUCUGAAGGUAUUUAUUGAGAAUGAUGGACGAAGAAAGUCUGAAGGGUGUUCUCGAUCUAGUGCAUUGCACACUGGUCAUCGUUUGAGACAUUGACACAUUUUAUUUACUGAAGUUUACUGGAAACCAUUUUUCGAGAUGUUGGUAAAUCGUUUGGGAAUUUGCCUUUCUACGCACGAUUUUAUGCAACGUAAGUGCAACUGGAAUUUAUUUUCGUAUUUAUUCCGCAACCAACCAAAGCAAGAGAUUACGUGCUGACGAGAAUAACUGUUCGAAUAAACUGUACUAGUUUUGCAAUUGAGAAACGAUAUAAUAAACGUGCCCGAUAAAAUAGAAGAGAAAUAAUUGUUCGUAGUAUAAGCAAUUUAUCGAUUCGUGUAACAAUUCAGAACAUAUUAAAAAGGAAAAAAAUGAAUACGUAGCUAGGCAGAAAUAAGACUCACUGUUAAGUACAUCGAUUGUCUCUUAGGCUAUUAAUAGAUAUAAUAUUAAAUUAUUCCAUGAACGAAUUAUGUACGAAUAAAGGAUAGUUUUCGAUUAGAUUACUGUAAAUUAGAUACGAAAUGAAGACCUAAACAUUUACGGUUGGAAUUUUGUCAGUCGACGCUGAUCAUAGUGUUAGAUCAUACACACAUUACACGUGUUUACUUUGGGUGUUUUACUUCUGAGAAGAUCGAUUCGAGUUGUAAGUCACAUUGAUAUUUCAAACGUGUUUGGAUUUUUAUCCAAUCCAAUACAAUGUAGAUUAUAUUAAUGACUAUUUAUUUCAUAUGUAAGUUUAACGGAAUAAAAUUGAAAUUCGUAAAACGAUAACUUUUUUUUAUUUUUAUCGUAUCAAGAAUUUUUAAUCACGGCUUUAGUUCCUCAAAGUUAUCAAUCCGUCGAUCAAGAUGCAACUUAUUAACUUUUAAGUACAAUUAAGCAGGUCUUGAUAGGCAAUCUCUAUUAGUAGGAAAUCGUAAGAUACCUGAAGGCAAUGUAAG